CGACGGGUCCCCAGCUCCUCCCUCCGCCCUAAAAACUUAAGUCGCGGACCUAGCGCUCACUGCAGCUUCAACCUGAGUCUCGGCUGCUCACCUUCCUCCCUGAACAACAUGAGCUUCAGCACACGCUCCAGCUUCUCCACAAGCUACCGGACCCUGGGCUCCGUGCAGUCGCCCAGCUACCGGGUCCGGCCGACCAGCAGCGCGGCCAGCGUCUAUGCAGGUGCCGGGGGCUCGGGCUCCCGGAUCUCCGUGUCCCGCUCCACCAGCUUGCGGAGCAGCUGGGGAUCCGGGGGCCUGGCUGCAGGGAUGGCCGGGGGUCUGGUGGGCAUAGGGGGUAUCCAGAGCGAGAAGGAGACUAUGCAAUGCCUGAAUGACCGUCUGGCCUCCUACCUGGAGAGGGUGAGAAGCCUGGAGGCUGAUAAUCGGAGACUGGAGAUCAAAAUCCGGGAACACUUAGAGAAGAAGGGACCCCAGAUCAGAGACUGGGGGCAUUAUUUCAAGACCAUCGAGGACCUGAGGGCUCAGAUCUUUACAAAUUCUGUGGACAAUGCCCGCAUCGUUCUGCAGAUUGACAAUGCCCGUCUUGCUGCUGAGGACUUCAGAGUCAAGUAUGAGACGGAGCUGGCCAUGCGCCAGUCUGUGGAGAAUGACAUCAACGGGCUCCGAAAGGUCAUUGAUGACACCAAUAUCACUCGGCUGCAGCUGGAGACAGAGAUCGAGGCUCUCAAGGAGGAGCUGCUCUUCAUGAAGAAGAACCACGAGGAGGAAGUAAUUGGUCUACAAAACCAGAUUGCCAAUUCUGGGUUGACCGUGGAGGUGGAUGCCCCCAAAUCUCAAGACCUCAGCAAAAUCAUGGCAGACAUCCGGGCCCAGUAUGACGAGCUGGCUCGGAAGAACCGAGAGGAGCUGGACAAGUACUGGUCCCAUCAGAUUGAAGAGAGCACCACAGUGGUCACCUCGCAGACCGCUGAGAUAGGCGCUGCUGAGGCCACACUCACAGAGCUGAGACGUACGGUCCAGUCGUUGGAGAUCGACCUGGACUCCAUGAGGAAUCUGAAGGUCAGUUUGGAGAACAGCCUGAGGGAGGUGGAGACGCACUAUGCCAUGCAGAUGGAACAGCUCAAUGGGAUCCUGCUGCACCUGGAGUCAGAGCUGGCCCAGACCCUGGCAGAGGGGCAGCGCCAGGCCCAGGAGUAUGAGGCCCUGCUGAACAUCAAGGUCAAGCUGGAGACCGAGAUUGCCACCUACCGCAGCCUACUGGAAGAAGGGGAAGACUUCAAUCUCGUCGAUGCCCUGGACCGGAGCCCCUCCUUACAAACCAUCCAAAAGACCACGACCCGCAGGAUUGUGGAUGGCAGAGUGGUGUCUGAGGUCAACGACACCAAAGUUCUGAGGCAUUAAAGGCAGCAGAAGUGGGGCAUCUCAUGGCAGGGCAGGAGGCCAAUAAAAAGUUCAUUGAAAGAUCA